UUAUAAGGCACUUGCUUUUGCGUCCAGUAUUCAGCCACCCAGACGCACUGAAACACACACACUCAGACAAACAUGGGAAACUUUGCUGCCAACGAGGGAGUCUCCGUCUUUGUUAUUCUGGUGUGGCUCGGGAUCAACAUCUUCCUGUUUGUCCACUUUUACAUGGCUUUUCUGGUCAAGAGAUGGUUCUACACUCGAGUGCUGCUUGGGCAUGCCUUGUCGUGGGCUCGCGCUCCGGCCGCCUGUCUCAACUUCAACUGCAUGUUGAUCCUUCUGCCGGUGUGCAGGAACCUGCUGUCCUUCCUGAGAGGAUCCAUCCAGUACUGCAGCCGCUCAGCUGCUCGCCAGCUGGACAGAAACCUGACGUUUCACAAGCUGGUGGCAUACAUGAUCGCCUUCCACACAGCGGUCCACAUCAUCGCCCACCUGUUCAACUUUGAGUAUUUCAUGGACGCUCAGCUAAACCAGAACAGAAGCCUGCUGACCUUUGUUCUGUCGGAUAUUGGCAAUGAAAACGUAUCGUUUCUCAACCCUAUCAGGAGCAAUGCUACGAACCCCACCAUUGUGAUGUUCACGACCAUCGCUGGACUCACUGGUGUGGUCAUCACGCUGGCGCUCAUCCUCAUCAUCACAUCUUCCAUGGAGGUCAUCCGGAGGUCAUAUUUCGAGGUGUUCUGGUACACACACCACUUAUUCGUCAUCUUCUUCAUCGGACUGGUGUUUCACGGUUUUGGUCGUAUUGUUCGAGGGCAAACUCCAGCCAGCCUCAUAUCAAACAACCCUGAUGUCUGUGCAGACCAGUUUGAAGACUGGGGCAAGAACGAUUCCUUCUGUGCCGAGCCGGUGUUUGCUGGAAACCCUCCGAUGACGUGGAAGUGGGUUAUUGGACCCAUGAUUCUGUAUGUCUGUGAGAGGCUGGUCCGGAUUUAUCGCUCGCACCAGAAAGUCGUCAUCACUAAGGUGGUGAUGCACCCGUCCAAGACUCUGGAGCUGCAGAUGAAGAGGAAAGGCUUCCACAUGGAGGUGGGCCAGUACGUCUUCAUCCAGUGUCCGUCCGUCUCCCGGCUGGAGUGGCACCCCUUCACUCUAACCUCGGCCCCUGAGGAAGACUACUUCAGUGCCCACAUCCGCAUCGUGGGAGACUGGACUCAGAAGCUCUAUGAGGCGUGUGGUGGAGAUAAAGAUGAGCCCCAGGAGGCCUGGAAACUGCCCAAGGUGGCCAUCGAUGGACCCUUCGGUACUGCCAGUGAGGAUGUGUUUCGAUACGAGGUGGUCAUGCUGGUUGGAGCAGGGAUCGGUGUCACUCCCUUCGCUUCCAUUCUGAAAUCAGUUUGGUACAAACGCAUCCAGAACAACCAGGACGUCUUCACCAAGAAGAUCUACUUCUACUGGUUGUGUCCUGAGACCCAAGCCUUCGAGUGGUUCGCUGACCUGCUGCAGUUCCUGGAGCAGCAGAUGGCAGAGAAGGGGAUGCCCGACUUCCUCAGCUACAACAUCUACCUCACUCGCUGGAAGGACAAGGAGGCUGCAUACUUCCGGGUCCAGUAUGAGGCGGAGAACGAUCCCAUCACAGGCCUCAAACAAAAGACACUUUACGGAAAACCUAACUGGGACAACGAGUUCACGACCAUCGCAUCGGCUCACCAGGGAGCCAAAGUGGGAGUCUUCCUGUGUGGACCGCCUCAGCUGGGCAAGGCUCUGGAGAAGCAGUGCUUGUCUCAUUCCGAGUCUAACGUCAAGUUCAUUUUCAACAAAGAAAACUUCUGAUCUCGCUCUUGGGUUUAAGUAAACGCUCUUGCACAAAGUGGCCAUUUCACUCUGUGGGUUUCUUUGGAGACUCACCCUUCUGCUUUUUGCUUUCAUCACCAGGGGAAAACCAACUUUACAGUUUCUACACUUUCUAUUGUAAAAAAAAAUGUUUCACUUCUGCUUCACAGGAUGCUCUCUGCUUGUAAUAUCAUGGUUUUUAGUGUCUCUUUCUUUAGAUUAUCUUGGCUUCUGACAGACUUUGGGUUUCCAGUUUUAACAUGUGGCAGACAAACAGAGCUGUAAUAAACAUAUAUUCUUUUGAUCAAAUCAAGUCCUUAUAUAACUUGCAAACAUUCAACAUUUAGAUAUGAACCUUAUUUUAGUCUAUAUUUAAAAGUUAAGACCAAUAAAAGCCAUUUUCAAUAAAA